AUGUUAGUUUUAAUAAGUAAAUUAUAUCCAUUUAGAUGUGUAACUGCAUUGUGCACAAAAGUAAUUAAAAGAAAUUAUAUGAAUGAAAUGAUAAAAAAUCAUCCUUAUAAACAUAUUCAUCCAUGGAAAUCGUUAGAAGAAUUUUCGGACCAUCUAUUAAAUAAUAUGAUUUACAAUAAAAAUGGACUAGUAGUAUUAAAUAAACCAUAUGGAAUAAGGCGUAAUAAAUUUGAAUCGUCGAAUUCAAGAAAUAAUGUACCAUAUGGUGCAAAUUAUGUGUUACAAGAUGCUAUACCAUAUAUUGCUAUGCAAUUAAAUUAUCCAAAUUUAACUAUAAUUCGAAGUCCUGAGAUGUAUAUGAGCGGUAUUACACUUCUAGCAUCAGAUUUAAACGUUGAAAAUGCUAUAGUACUUGCAUAUGCUCGUUCUGAAUUUUUUGCAAAUACUUAUUGGGUUAUUACAGUCCGUGUACCUAAAAAAUUGAAGGAUGAUUCAUGCUUGGCAAUUAAAUCUGUAUCAAAUCCUAAGUUUCAAGAAAGAAAGAAUAUCCUUGUUUCAAACUGGUCUAAUAAUGAAAAAAUAUCACAUAAGAUAAAAAUAUUAAAAACAGAAUAUGAGGUGUUAUCUAAUUCUACGCUUAAUUUGUGUUCCUUGAUUAAAUUAAAAUCAUCUACUCAUAAUAAGCAUGCCAUUAGAUUGUUUACAUCUACAUGCUUAUAUUGCCCAGUUCUAGGAGAUAAUAUUUAUGCAAAUCUUAUUCAGAAAGUAGGAAAGACUUAUGUAAGAGUUGAUCCAUUUCUUAAUAAGUUUGGUCUACCAAAAUUAGAUGAAAAGCUCUUCAUAUUAUUGAAAGUGAACCCUAGAGAACAAAGAAUUAUUCCUGCUCACAUUCAUUUAAAAUCAAUAAUUCUACCAAAAUUUUUUGGAGAAACGUUAACAAUUGAUGCACCUUUAAUGCCAUAUUUUAAUUGGACAUGUGAACAACUUGAAUUUAAAAGUGUAAUAAACAAUAGUGUUGAGCCUAAUUCAAGUUUAGCAAGCAAAAUAAUUUAA